AUGAAUCGUAACAAAUCUCGCUCGCGAUGGGAAGCUAAUGGAGCUGACCUUUAUGAUCAGCGACGACGUUGUCGAAGCAGCGCUGCUUACUCAGAAGGACGUGGGAACGCGGAAAAAAGAACAUUUUCGACAAAAAAGGGAAUUAUGAACUGAAUUUGAUUAAUAAAGUUUGCCAUAAAGGUAUUUUAAAAAGGUUUUUCAGGCAUAGCUUCUUCAAAAUUGAUUCUCAUUUGUUGGAAUUUCGCACAGGUCUAAAAUAGUUAUAAAACAAUUUUUUCUAGUAGAACUUUUUGCUUAAUUCAGACUAAUAAUUGAACAGUUUUGAACAGAAGUAGAGUUUCAUCUCCCCAAUCUUCUAGGAGUUUUAUCGAUUUUUUUUACUCAGGUUAUAGGUAGCGUAGCUCGAAGAGGAAGCGAAGCUCGGUCCAUCAUGACUCAUGUCUAGCGUCCUCCAGGUCAUUUGCUUCAACGCUGCCUAAGUUCUCAAACUUUGUGGGUCGUAGAUGAUAGUCAGAAUAAGGGCUGAAAAGGUCUUCAAAAGGAUUUCAAAUAUCUGAACAUUUUGAAAGACAAUUGAACUUUUUUGGAUGAAUUCAAAACUAAAAGAUUUGAUUCGAGUUAUUCCCUGCUCGGACGGUGCCAGCAAGGGCAACCAAAACUGAAAAAAAAUCAGAAAAACUGGCCUUUUCUUGAAUCUGAACUGGCCUCUCAAAGAAUUGGCUUCUUAAAAACAAUGAAUGAAAAGAAGAACUUAUGUAUCAUAGUUCGCACUCAGCUAAAAAUAUUGAAAUUUCAACUUUCUCACCAGGGUAUAGUCCGUUCAGAUUUUGAAUGUCAAGUAGAAUGACGUCAUUCAAAAACGCUCUGUGGAUGGCUCGCUCUCUGAUUGGUUUAUCGCGCUAUUAGGGGGCGGAGCUUCAGCGACCACUUGACAUUCAAAAAUCUGAACAGACUAUAAUCUGAAGAAAUUUUUUUCAACAUUAAAAAAUUGCUUGCAGAGAUUGUUUGUCAUAUAUUAUAUGAAAAAUAGUUGUUUCGUUAAAAAUAAAUUUCUAUAUUUACGAUAUUUCUCAAAUUGUCUGCAAGAGAGCCCAGACUCCACUGUUAACCGCACAGAUUACCACAAAAGAUUGUGAUUUCAGAAUUUGAGAUUUCACUCCCAUUUUUAUCUGACUACUUGCAAUUCAGACUGAAAAACUAUUAUUUUUCAGGCUUCUGGAACAUUUUGAUUCUUUUUUCGGGGUGUGAUCAAUGAGCUGUGUAAUAAAAAAAAAAUGAAACUUAAAUUUAUCAUCUUUUUUGACUUAAGACUAUUAAUUAUAGAAUUUUACUACAAGCCUGAAGUCUACUCCCUCAGAUUAUAGCGCUAUAUUUUGAUAGUACGCUCUCAUUUUCUUAUUAUAAUCCGUGUUUCUUACCGUUGUACUCGACAACCGUCUCCUUGGCAUAACGUAGAACGUGCGCUCCAGCGCUAACGGCUCCCAGAAAAUCUUUUUACGCGUCCAGUCUUUGCUGCUCUUUUUUUUUCUACCUACGUUUAAUGAAUUGAAAGGAGUUUUUUAGGCUCUAACAUACUUAAAUAAAUAUUUUCAGGGUAUGAGCUUUAUAUCAAGAACAGUCGGCAACCUUUUUUUCAGAUAAUCCUGACGCGGUUAGCCCAAAAAAAUUAUUUUUUUAUUAAUUUUUCCUUUCUUUUUAUAGUUUAAAACUCAUAAUGAGAGCGAUGUACUCGAGAAGGUGGCUCAAACAACUUCCUUUGGAAUCUGCUUGCUGAAAUCGAAGAACUAUUCGCUGGUCUGCUACCCAAUCAAAACGGUUUUUUUCAAUUUUUUUUUUUGGUAUCGUGUGCUUUUUGAUUUUUGGUAAACUUGCAUUCUUAGAGGAUAGGUGUUUUUGAAUUGUAUUCUGGGUUUUUUUUGCGUAGAGUGUACAAAUUUAGACGAGGUGUGGCGUCUAUGAAAGGUAGUUUUUUAUUGACUUCUCAAAGUUUUUUAUUCAAUGGAAUUCAAAAGCCUACAAAAAAAUUACAGUCUCUCAUGCGACGCCCGAAACUUGAUGGAUUGUUAGCCAUAUACGACGUUAUCAAACCAUUCGACGAAAUUUCCCAACUUCCCGGUGAAUUAAUCCCUUUCGGAACAUAUGAUUUAGGUUGAACCAUUUUCAGGUGACAAAACGGAAUUCGUGGAGAAUCUGUUGGAAACGGUGAAGACAAAUGAAAGUUGGUCAUCGAUGCACGUGGCUGCAGCUUUAGGAUUGAACGGAUUCGUUGUCGACUCUGUAAGAAAUUGUCCUGAAAGGUCAGUCAGCAAAAAAGAUCUCUCAAUGAAGCAAGGGUCUCUAGGCAACAUGUUACUUUUUUUUUUAAAAAAGCGACGCCUCGAAAUUUUUUCAUCAAAAAAUUGUACGUUCUCUGAUCAGAAAUUUUAAUUUUCUUGACAAAGUACAGGAAAUAAUUUUUAAUGUGUUUCUUUGGUUCAGCAUGUUUCUAUGUUCGGCCGAUGGGGAAAUGCCAAUUCACGUUGCCGCCGCUUGUGGCCAGGUUGGUUUACAUUCUUCUUGUUUUCACUCAUUUUAAUGGAUGGAAACUUUCAAAAAUUGGCCAGAACACUUUUUUAUUUAACGGAUGAAGGUUCUAAAAGUCUUGACCGGCACAACUUUUUAGUUUUUUCAAAAGGCCUUACAAGGUCAAGGAAGAUCUUCCGUUGAAAUAAAUCAUUUUUGAGAUUUGAGCCCGCAUUUGUCAAUAAUUAGGAAGUUGUGUAGAUUGGGAGUUUUACAAUCUACUUUUGGUGCACCGAGAAACUUUUUGGCCGAUUUUCAGGGAGUUCCGAAGCGCCAGGUUAAAUGACCUUCCUUGUUAGGAUUUUACAAGUCAUAUUCUGAAUCUCGUUUUAAAUGAGUUUCAGUAUAUUAUAUUCGGAUUUCUAAUCUUUUAUUGUCCAUACGAAAAAAAUUUCCUUUAUUCUAAUAAAUCCGCUUUUUUUCAGAGUUUUUAAUUAAAAAGAAAAAUAACGGGUUUUUGCUGCACAUAAAUGUCCUGGUUUCUUUUUGAAGUAACUCCGGAAGUUCAAAAUAACAAAUUCGUGUAACUUCCCAAUAACUUUUUUUUUUCAGUUUUUUUGAUUGAAUUAUAGCUCUUUAAAAAAAGUUUUUUUGUUUUAAUCAGUUCAAUAAUUUCUAAUUUCAGACGACUGCCGUGCAGAAGUUGGUCGAAGCUGGUUGCCCAUUAUCGAAAAAGAAUCAGAAAGGAGAAAACGUUCUUCACAGUUCUGUUACCAACUACAAGAUCCUCAAGGUCAGUUGAUCAAAAAAUAGGUAAAUUAUUUUUUCCCCACCGGUCUGUCAGAAAUUCGAGUAAUCUUUAAUUUUGUUCAAAAACUUCGAUUUAUCAAGUAGUUUCUCAAUUCUUUUUUAUUCUCAGAGUAUUCUUAACGGCAAGCCAAAAGAUAUUCAAACACUACUGACGGACAAUGACUUUGAAAUGUGGACCCCACUGCAUCAGGCAAUCCGAUCACACCGCCCAGAUUGCUUGCAAGAGGUUUUGAGUGAGUAUCAAAAAAGUUUCCUGUUAUUCUCAAGUAUCAAAACUUCAGGAAUCGUUCCUAAGAACACUCAACUUUCAAAACCAAUUUCUUUUGCUUUUGAUGGACUACUUUUCAAUGGCACAGACACCUCUAGGCAAGUGAUCAAACUCUUUUUCUAAGUCGAAAUGAGAAAAUACUUCCUUUUUUAAGAUGCAUCAAAGUCCUAUCUAAAGAGUGGCCAGAUUAUUUGUCGAAAACUGACAAAAACGGAAGUUGCAUUCUACACUUCCGCUUAGAUAACCAGGUGAAAGAUUUCUUUAAACUUUUAAAAAACGUCCAACUUUCCAUAAAGGGACUUUGUCGAUUUUCACGAGUUUUCCAAUUGGAUGAUAGUUCAGGUCAUGAAUCAGCUUCUGUUCCAUGACGGUCACGUUGAUGACGUCAUUAACUUGAAAGAUGACAACGGCAACACUCCUUUACAUCGUGCCGGUUCCGUAAUUUUGUGAAACGAUUGAACCUUCAUUUUCAGUGGAAAGAGGAGCUCUCUCCCAAGCUGUGGCUCUCAUUUCGUACGGAGCUUCCCUUGAAGAAACCAACGGUUCUGGCAAGACAGCUUUGAACAUCGCUAUAGAAGUAAACUUCAUCUGUGUUUCACAAUUUCCGAUUUACUCAGAAAGGUCAUUUGGAUAUCGUCAAGGCCUUGAUUUUGUUUGGCGCAAAAUGCGAUGAGAGCGUCGCUUCUAAUGCCAGGAAUAAGUUGGUUUCCUAAAGUUUCCGAUUCAUCCGAUACUUCAGAGUAAUAGCGGAGGCCAUUCACGUUCAUCUUAUUGCUCUGAAAGAGAAUCGCAGUGUCCAAAAUAUAGAAGGUCAAUUUGCUCGAAAUAUUAGAAUUUUCUGGUUUUAGGAGAUGUGAACAAUUUCAUGUGGAUGUCUGCAUUGAAUCAAUUGAGAACCAACACCAGUCAAUCGGUGAUCAAUUUGCUCAGUCUGGAUGGAGGUGGAAUCAGAGGAAUCGUGUUGCUACAGGUAAAUUUGCGAUCAAUUUUUGAUAAGGAUCAUUGAGCAAAAAAUGCUAAAGAAAACCAUUCAAGCGGCGGUUUUUUGUCCCUACCUAGCCAUGAAUGGUUAUCUUUAUCAAUUUUUAUCAUAACAUGGUUAGUCAUGUUGCUUGAAACAAGUGUAUUAUCAGGAUUGAUUCAAUUGUAUAAAAUACAGGUUCUGAGUGAGCUCCAACGUCGUUACUCCAAGGACAUCGACAUUCUCAGCAAGUUUCAUUGGAUUGCAGGGACCAGCACUGGUAAAUAUUCUCAUUUUUCCUCUUAGUCGAUUCCCCAAACUUUAGGAGCUAUCAUUGCAAUUGCAAUCGCUAAUGGUUGCAAUGUGGAUUACUGCCUCAAAAUGUACUUUCGGUUCAAAGUUUUUGUUUUUUGUUUAUUCAAACAAUUUGGAACUUCCAGGAUCUUGUGUUUUUUGGAGGCCGUUUGUAUGACCACGUACCUUUGGAAUCCUUCUUGAUUGCGGAGUUCGGGAAAGAACAAAGUCUACGCGAUAUUGCUGCAAAAACAAAGAAGAGGUGAAUAAUAGAGUACGACUCCUUAAAAAUUCACAAUUAGUGUCCAUAUUUUUUACGCUCACUACUGACUAGUGAGAAUAUUUUUGAUGAAUGAAAAAGACUCAGAAAAAAAAAUCAGCGCUUUCACUGCAUGUUGAAAAAGUUAUUAUUGCUCUAUCGAUGAAAUCGUUCAGGUUGAUGGUUACAACUUGUCGAGCUGACGUCUGUCCGGCAGAGCUAGUGCUCUUAAGGAGUUAUUCGAUUCCAAGAGAGUGCCGUCAUGAUGGCUUCCCGGAACAAAUUCCUGUCAGAGCUUGGCAGGCUGCAAGGUGUUCGAGGUGAUUUCGGUAUUUUUUUUCAAUACAAAAAAAGUACGGUAUUUAUACUGUAAGCAAAAAAAUUUAGGAAAAAAAUGUGAAGUUUUUUUCUUUCAAGCCAGCAGUAAGCGGAGAUAAUCAAAAGGACAAAUUAAACCUUUUUCAUAGUUUCAAAAUUUGAUUUUCCAAACAACUUCAGCAGGAAGUGCAGAUAAACACUAUGAGAAAGUAGUAAAUCAAGCAGAAAACCCAAUUUUUUUUUUUGCCUGUAACGUAAAUAUCUUGUUUCAUUUCAGGCGCCUUGCUUUCGACCGUUUUUUUCAAAAAGAAAAGUCAAAAAAUAGAUCAUUUAAAGGUGGAGUUACAGUAUCGUUCAAGUGAAAAAAAUGAAAAUAUAAUUCGCUUGAAAGUCCUUAUCUUGCCUCACAGAAAAAGCAUUACAGUGCGGCACCCACGUACUUCACUUCCUAUCAGAUUGGAGGAAGAAACUACAUGGAUGGUGGAAUAAUGGCCAACAAUCCAACCUGUGACCUUUUGACCGACGUUCAGAUCACGAAUGCUGCGAACCAAAUGCAGGUUAAUGAUCCAUUGGAAAAUAAACAUCUGGGAAUCUAAUAAUUGAAUAAAUAACUACAUUCAGAGGGUUUUCAAUAUUUUAUUCAGAGAUGUAUUAUUCAAAAUAAAAUAUUGUAUACCUAGAAAAUUUGAUUAAAAAAUUAAGACGCUUGUUUUACCUUGAGUUUCUUUAAUUUGGGAAUUCCUCGCUCUGAUAUCCAUCAUUCACCUAAAAUGUUUGACAUACUUUGUACAGCAAUGUUGAUAUUCAUACAUUUCUGCCAUGACAACUUCUCAACAACAAAAGAAAUAAUUGAUUGAUUAAAUAAUCGGUUUCCAGGGAAAACCACCUUUCAAAGUCGGAUGUGUAUUGUCCAUCGGAACGGGUCAACCUCCUUCAAAAGCAGUUACAAGUACAAACAACUCGAUAGUCAACGUCGUGAAAUCUGUGAUGCAUUUCAAAGAUUUGUUUAUUGAACAGGUUUUUCCUCACACUUCUUAAAAUUUCUCUUUUUUAUUCCAGCUUGCAUCCGCAAAUGGACCACAUGUAGAAAGAAGUCGAACAUUUGCCUCAGCACUCGGAUCUUUGUUUUUGAGGUUUGAUAACAAAAAAUUAUUCUAGUAUAUAUUCAUUAAGGUUUUCUUUGUCUAUGAGGCAAAAUGUCGAAUUGGACGAGAAGGACGACAAGAUUUUGAUUGAUUUGAUGUGGGAAACUAAGGUGAGCAUAAAUGAAUUAUAGUUCAUCUUUGAAUUGAGCUCGAAAUUGAUGAAGUUUCUCCCUUGAGCAUUUGCGAAAAAAAAAGCUUGACACGUGUUCAGUAAUUUCAUUUUAAAACCAGCAAAGAACGAAGUAAAAGUCGUGUUACGAUUUUACUGUUGUUUUGAUAGCAUUUGAAUUCUUCUAAAACGGAUCGAAAAUUUUCAGGUGUUUAUGAACAACAACUUGAACGACGUCAACAUUCUUCUAAACUAUUUGGCCCUUGGUGAUAAAUGAACGAACUGAAAAAAAAUCCAUUUCAUCUUGCCCAUCUCUUCAUUUCCCCUUAAUUUAUUUUUUUCUAAUUCUUCUUUUUUUGAUUUUUUUAAAAAUUAUUUAUUUUUUUGCACUGUUUCCUGUGAUUAUUAGCUCAUUCUGGUCACUCAAAGUCUUUUUAUAUAUAAUUGUAAUAAAAAUAAUUUAUUUAGAUUUUUCAUUAAAAAAAUUUAGUUACUACAAGUAACGUUUUUUCAGGUUUAUUUUAUGUGAAAUUUUGCUACUGGAGCUGGUUAUCUUUCCAAAUAAACUUACAAUGCAAAUUUAAUUUAUAAGAAGGUUUUAUCUUAAAAAUAUGUUUUUUUGAUAAGUUCAAAGUGCAGCCAAUGUGGUUUGAGUAACCAGAAUAAAGACCUUUUAAAGUUAAAAAAAGUAGCUUAAAAAAAUCAUAAAAACUAUAACUAUUUAUUAACACGAUAAGCAAAACAGAAACCGGCAUAAAGCUUUUUAGUAUCUUUUUUUGAUAAUUUUUUUAAAUCAGCAGGGACUGAAGAGUACAGAAUGAAACCGAAAAAGUGCGCACGCCGCCGUUUUUUCCAGCAGCACGACGCCGCGCGCGUCCGAUAGAUUUUCCGCUCUAGGUUUGAAGAAGAGAUUUUGAAAAUUAUCGGUUCAUAAUUUUCAAGCACAUCUUGGGGUUUAUUCAAAAAAAUUUCCGAACAAAGAAAGAUUUUUUUGUAGAAAGUCUGCUCUCUUUUGUAAAUGCUCUUAUUUAUGGAUUUCUACCUAGAGCGAGGUCUCCGGACUCCAACACAAGAUCUGUUUCCGCCUGAGCUCGUCAGGAAGCAACCGAAAAGACUACUCGCCGAAAACCAAGACAAAAGACGGUAAAAUUAUGCUUUCAUCUCUUUCGACUACAUUUUUGGACUUCUAGUUCGCCGAAGAAAGUUUUUCGGUAGGGCUGUCUUUAGUUCCAUGACUAAAACAACAAUAAAGACUAACUGAUUGAAGGAUUGAUUUAAGAUGAUUUCGUUUGCAAUCAAAGCUGCUUUUUUCUGUUUUUUCUAGUUCCGUUGUUUGAAAGGGGUUCCAGUAAAAGAGAAAACAGAGUCACCGUGAUCAAUAUAUUUGAAAUAACAAUUUUUUUAUUACAUUUUGUUCACAACUUAGUAUCUCUUUAUAAAAACCGGAAAUAAAUAUAAGAUUGAAAUGAUGUUUUUCAACUAUUUUUUCAAUUUUUCUUUUCCAUGAAGUGACUCUAACAGACAAUUUUCAAAACAAAAAUUUUGAUUAAUAAGCUUGAUUCAAUACAAAAAAAGCACGAAGAAAUUUUUUUCUAGCAUUUUGUAAAAAGUCUAAUUUUUCGCAGUCUCGUUUUUCAAAAAUUCUUAGUUCUCAUCUACUGGAAUACGACAUUGCAAAUAUAUCUUGCUCAACCCCCACCAGUACAAAAAAAACUUUUAAUAGAGCGGAACUUUCCAGUAAAUAGAUUGUUACUUGAGAAAAGGAACCAGAAGAACUUGGAGAAGACUUCCACAUUCAAAAAACCUUCUAGGACCAGUUUAUGACUACGCGUUUGAUCUACGCCUUUGAACUUCACUGCAAAUGAACUUGUGGACUCUGCAAACCGUGCCUCUUUCACAGAGCAACCUUGAUCGAGACCAAAAAGGGAGGUCGCACUUUUCUGCGUCAACGUCGCGCAUUUCAGGUGUUAGUUUUUCUCUUUGACACUCUCCUCUUUGAACUCGUUCUCUGCACCCGUGUUUCCUGACCCAUCUCUCUCAUUUGCGUCACAACACCUCGUCCUGCAUAAUUCCCACUCAUUGAUCUGGUUUCAUUGGCUCGGUUUCUUCACUCCAUUGAACAAUCUAAAAUAGGAAGGUGCGUCUUUCUCCCGCAUUACCUUUUUACUUGACGUCGGUUCUUAUAAUCUUCUUGCAGCUAACUCAAUCAAAAAUGUCAAGACUCAGCAAAGGAUUGAAAAGAAAGUAUGAAAGUGAGUUGAACCUCUUUAUUCUAAGCUUUAUUCUAUUUUUUGCAGAGCUGUCCGGGAUGCAGUCCGUCAUAGACCGUUAUUCAAACUUGGAUCAAAGUGGAAUAGUUCAGGUACGAAAAAAUAUGAAAAAGUUCUAAAUGACCAUUUCAGGUCAUGUACGUUUGGAUCGAUGGUACAGGCGAGAACAUGCGCGGAAAAACCAAAACCUUCAACUUUGAGCCAAAACUUCCAUCGGGUAUUUCUUUUGAUUGGAUUUUUGAGAUCCCUAACUAAAUAUUUAUAGAACUCCCAAUUUGGAAUUUCGAUGGCACUGCUACUGGACAAAACGUAACAGAUGGCUCAGAUGUCUACAUAAGGGUUUGAUUGGCCUCUUUCAAGAAUUUUUUCAAACUUGAACUUUAGCCAGUGGCCCUUUUUCGAGAUCCCUUCAGGCCUGGACCGAAUAAAAUUGCUCUCUGUGAAACGCUCGACAAUGAUUACAGCCCUCAUCGUGAGUUCUUCGUCAUUUAUAGACCAAACGUUUUUUAGACGAUGAGAAGAACGUAAUUAUUUUUUUAAAACCAUCUUUUCAGCCAAUAAUACAAGACACAUGUGCAAAGAAAUGAUGGAAAAAGCAAAAGACCAGCAUCCGUGGUAGGUUUUUUCUAGAAUUUUUUAUAAUUUGUUCACUUCCGGCGUUAAAAAAGUUAUAAAAAACCGGUUUAAGGUUUGGAAUGGAACAAGAAUAUACUUUGCUAGAUGUCGACAAGCAUCCGUACGGCUGGCCUAAACACGGUUAUCCAGCACCACAAGGUUAGCGUUUAUAUGUGCAUCUGUUUUUUGUAUAGGAAUCUUUUUUUGGGCUUGUUACAAUUCAUGAUGAAUGGGAAAAGUGGGCAUUGUGAAGAGAAAAAAUUCAUUUGCCCGUUGUUCAAAAUAUAUUUUUACUAGUGAGAUUUUUUUUUCCUGAUAAGCUCCAAAUUUUUUGGGUCUUUAUAAUUUUACUAUAUCUUUCAAGUGAAAUUUUUUUCAAAUAUCUACCUUACAAGGAUGGUCAUUUAACUUUGCUGUUGAGAUUUUUCUGAAUUUGGCUCGAAAUUUCCUUGAUGUACCAGAAAAAAAAUUCUGAAAGGGUCGACCAGCAAAACUUCCUAGUUUUUGGAAAAGACUCCUGAAAGGCAAAGAAACCCUAAAAACUGUUGAAAUAGACUAUUUUAGAGCUUUGAGCCUUAAUUUUUUUCAAAAAUCAAUAAGCUGUGUAAGUUGGAAAUUUCAAAAUUUUUAUCAGAUACAUUGAGAAGUAUUCUGGCCAAUUUCUAAAAAAUUCCCAAUCGCAAAGAAAAUGAGUCAUUUAUUUUUAACUCACUUAUAUUCUUUUGAAGUGAAGUAUUUGAAAAGUUCUUCCAUUCACAAAAAUUUAAAUCACCAUGUUUCAAGAAAUAUUUUCAGGUCCAUAUUACUGCGGAGUUGGUUCGGACAAAGUGUACGGCAGAGAAAUCGUCGAGGCACACUUCAAAGCUUGCAUGUACGCUGGGAUAAAGAUCAGCGGAACUAACGCCGAAACCAUGCCAGCCCAGGUAUUUUCAAUUUCUUUCCAUAUAAAAGCAUAGGAUUUCAGUGGGAAUUCCAAGUUGGGCCGUGUGAAGGGAUCGAAAUGGGCGACCAACUUUGGGUGGCUCGUUACUUGCUGCACAGAGUUUGCGAAGACUUUGGUCUCGUGUGUAGUCUGGACCCGAAGCCAAUUGUUGGCGACUGGAAUGGAGCUGGAUGCCAUGUCAACUUUUCUACAGAAGAAAUGCGCACUCCAAGCAAAGAUGGUCGAGGAUACAAGUUGGAGGAUUUUCUAGACAAAGACAAUAACAUUCCUGUUUCAGGGCAAUAGAAGAAGCAAUCCAUAAACUUUCAAAAGUACAUCUUGAGCAUAUUGCCUACUACGAUCCUCACGGUCAAUAUUGUUUUUCUUUUUUUGAGUGUGAAUAAUUUAUUUGAUUUAUUUAAUUGUUUCAAAGAAAGUUUUUUUAUAGUUUUUUUGAAACGGGUUACCAUAAGGAGUUUUCGGUAUUUUAAGUUUGACUUUUUUUAUUACAUUUUUUUCCCAAAAAAAUAAUAUGUUUCCUGAAAACAGAAAGAAUUGAAAAAAAGUUGAUGAAUUUUUUUCUAGAAGCUAUAUUGCAGAAGUAAAGCAGAAAAUCGGAUUUUUUUUGAUUUUGAGAUGUUUUUCAGGUGGAAGAGACAACGAACGACGGCUGACUGGGGCUCACGAAACAGAAACUAUCGACGCUUUCUCUUCGGGCGUUGCCAACCGGGAGUGCAGCAUCCGAAUUCCACGACAAGUUUUCGACGAUCAGUGUGUAAGUUAUUCAGAAAAUUUUUUUUGUUUCUUGGAAUUUAUUAUGAUCACUGACGUAGCAAAAAGCUAUGGGCAAAAAUCAAAAACCUUCAGAAAAAAAUUGCAAACCUCACAAAAAAAUCUUGUUUUCGUACUUUUUCUUUAGAAAAGAAACAAAAAAACACCCAUAUCUUUCCACUGAUUUUAUUUUUGAGCCGAAAAAGCAUUUUAUCGGGAAAAAGAUAAAUAAAUGCGUCAAAAUGAAAUGUUGGAGCACUUUUUUUGCUAGAAAAAUUUCAUUUAUUCAAUUUCCCGAAUUUAUGAUGAGGGAGUUGAAAAAAAUUUGCGAGUUUACUGGACGCCGCCCUAAAAAAAUCAUGAAUUUUUUUAUUCAAUUAAAAGUUUUUUUAGUGCCGCGUUUAAAUUGAAUAUGUCCAUAUCGAUACUUUUUUGAGGUUUUUUCAAGUAGCGACAUAUUGGUCUGCUCCAAAACACACGUUUCAACGAACGAUCAAACAUUUUUUAAUACUUAUGAGCCGAUCUGAAGAAGUUUUUUCAGGGUUACUUCGAAGAUCGUCGGCCUUCAUCAAACUGCGACCCUUACACAGGUUUACAGUUUCCAAAAUUCAAUAAACAAUCUUUUCAUUUUAGUCACUGCCGCAGUAACAAAAACGUGCUGUUUGACGGGGGAAGACAGAAAAUUGACAAUGCGAUAUGUACCGAAAUAA